AUGAGGUUCAGGAGAAGGACAUAUGCGAAAACGUCUGGCUUUGUCUAUAUACUGAAUUCGCACUUUUAUGCAGCUGGAGGUUUAAUGAGGUACUUGAUAGUGGAUGGAUUUGCAUCUUGUUUGCCUGUGGAGAUGAAGAAGAUAGUUGUGGAAACCAUUGAAACUUGUAGAGAACCGUCUCUGAAGCUCAAGUCUCAUAAAGCAAUCUUCCACAUAAGCUUCAGGGCCAAGGGUUGUGACUACAAAUCAGUUUUAAGGAGAACGGCGGAUGGGAAAGCAGCUGGACAUAUACUUGUCGAAAUUAAUUCGUGGGACGACUAA